AGAUUUGUUAGAUGAUUUAUGGAAUUGUAUUUGUUAUAUACGUGAUUUCAAAUAAUCAUCAUCUGUAUCUUGAAAUAUCCCAAUAAAAACAGUUUCAACAAAAGUAGGCAUUGCUCGAAAGUCUCAAUUUAAUUUUGGCGUGGAAUUUGAAAAUUUCAAAUUUCCCAAAAAAAACUUGCCGCGAGAUUUUGGAGCCAAAUUGGAGCCCCACUCUUUUAAAAGUUCGUUUAUGUUUCCCGGUUUCCCUACCAGAUUUCAACUCCACCGAAAGACCCACACACGCCGACGCCGACGCCGACUCAGAUCUGAAAACAUGUUAGUUCAGAGCUGUACUCCGAGUUCAGUUGAAGCAAGGAAACAGGAUCUUUGCAUUUCCGUACUUAAAACGUAUAAGCUCCAAAAGAUUUCCCUUCAUAAAAGUUGUGCUGCUGCUGCUGUUCAAGUUUCCGGAAUUGAUGACUCUAUUCAGUCGUGUAAGCUGUGUGGUAAAUCCGAAAACGUAUUGAAUCUGUUACUUUGUGAUCGUUGUGAGGAAGCGUUUCAUGUGUCUUGCUGCAAACCCAGGGUGGUUUUGCCAAUUGACGAGUGGUUUUGUCAUUCCUGUGCAAAAAUGUCGGAGAUUAAUUCCUUCUCCAAAUCACGUACUAUUAGUCAGGGGAUUGGCCCAUGUCAAUUUGAAUUCGGUCCAGUAUUGGGUCCAAUAGCAGCCAUGAUCAAGUACCCGGACCCAUUUAUUUCUAAGGUUCGAAUUGGCGAAGCAUAUCAAGCCCAAGUUCCUGACUGGGCUCCUCCCACUGAAGUCAAAACUGACAACGGGGGUUGUUCUGAUUGUGCCGACUCUCAGUUGAAAUCACAUACUGCUUCUAGAAAGAGAAAACAAGAGUUUUCAUCAUAAACUGGUGGAGAAGUCUAAAUAAACGUCAGUGAUUUGACACAUUCAUAUACCGAUCAGACUGAUAACAAUAAAGGGACGGACUUGGUUUACGAUUUGCAACUGAAAACUUAAUUCGUCUGUAUCUACCUGUGCUUCUGAAUCCUACUCGCUUAUCCAGUUUUGAGCCCGUAGCAUUGAUUAGUAUGAUACCCUUAAUUAAUGCAUGCAGUUGCCUUGCCUACUUUCCCUAUCUCUAUGCCCCUUAGCCUUCAAAUUGCUUAUCCAGUUUUGAGCUUAACAUUUAGCAUGAUACCUCUAGUGCGCCUAGUUUGCUCCAUCCUUUUGGCUACCUAGCCCCACCGAGCUAGCUCACUCAAUCGCCAUCAUCAUCAUCUUCGUUUCUUCCUCCCAUUUCAAUCCUUAUUCGGUGGUUGUACUGACUCCCAUUUCAAUCCUUUAAUUUCCUCAUUAAUCAGUACUGGUUGUUGUGAUCGUCAUGCUCUUCGCAAUUGCAAACAGAGUGACUGGUACGUUUGACCCCCACUAUCAAGCAUCAACCGAACUAGUAGUGCCUGCAACAGCAAGCUCACUACAAAGUGCAUUUCAACUGUGGGUCAACAAGUCAUCAACCACCACACACAAGUGAUCUCACAAUGAUAGAGCUGGAGAAGUGGUGAGUACACGUUCAAAGAGUCAUAUUUGCAUCCCCCGGUCAACUUCAAUAUCGUGUUUUUCAUAGAAUUAUUCACUUUUGUUUAUUGCUUAAUUUCCGUUGGCAAAUCUAAAAGCAAAGUCACUUGUUUCUUUCGCUUUCGACCCAUAUUAUCCUUCUGUACAACUAGGCAUAUUACUGGCAAUCCUAUCCCAUUGUGGGGGCCAUUACUUGAUUUGUAUUGUAUUACAUGACCAACCAAUAGAGUUUCUGCUGAUCAUUCCGUCGUUGGAUGGAUCCAACUUAUUCAACAACGGGCAAAUUAUAUAGUAACGUUUUCUGACAAAACAAAAGGAUCAGAUAGGAAAGAAGGUUCAUAUGUCACUAAUAUGAGCGAAAAGUAGCGUCUAAAUUAUUUUCAUAACUUUAGUUUUUUAGCUUAAUUUAGCAUAAUUUAUACCGUGUAAAAAGCAACCCAAAUGAUGAAUUUUAAAACAGAAAUUUAUUUUAAAAAUUAUAUUAUUAAAUUACUGUUUAUAAAAGUUGGUAAACAAUAAUAGCUUUCAUAAAUUAAAAAUUGCGGCUGUUUUUAAAUUAAUCUCAGUUCUCCCAAAUUACUGAAUUAGACCUUAAUCUGGUUGAAACCGGUAUGUAUGGAAAAAAAAAACCACUGAAUUAGCCGUGUGUUAAGGCCCAUAGCCCAUUGGAAAACAAAGGAAAAGAGGACGGUCGGCAGCGUAGGCCAAAAUAAU